CCACAUGACGCAUGCGUAUCAAUGUUUGUGGGCGGUACCAGGAAGUGUAUUAGGAGGUUGAAGGUAGUCGUGAGUGUUGUUGCACGUCGUGUUUGGACUAAAACUCUGUGAUGGCAGUCGACUGGAUUGGUUUCAGCUAUGCUGCAGCCAUCGCCUUUGGGGGAUUUAUGGGAUACAAGAGAAAAGGCAGUGUGAUGUCCCUGAUGGCGGGUUUGGUUUUUGGUGGGUUAUCUGCUUAUGGUGCCUACAACAUCUCAAGUGACCCAAAGGACAUCAAAGUCUUGAUGUUUUCUUCAGGACUCCUCUCCAUCAUAAUGGGAUUGAGAUACAAGAAAUCUGGGAAGUUAAUGCCUGCUGGCAUUAUGACAGGGCUAAGUUUAUUUAUGGUGUUUCGACUGUUAGUCCUAAUCAUGGUGUGAGUGAGGACGCGACAAAGAACAGAGCAAAGGUCUCCUGUCUCUACAGAUGAAUAAACACAGGAUCCUUGUUUUAAAGGAGUCAUUCCAGUUGGCACAUUAAAAUUAAGAGUCAUUCCAGUUGGUGUACAAAAACAAGUCUUCAGUUUUAUGUGACAAUGUAACUCUCAUGUGACCAUAAACCUUUCAUGUGACUUUAAUCCUUGCUUUAACUACCAGUGCACAGGAUUAAACAGAUGCUUCUUGCAGUAAAGCCCAAAAUCUGUUUGGGUAAUUACAUUUACAUACAGCAUUCUAUGAGCAUAUGUAAACAUAAUGAUUAAAUAUUACAAUACAUUUUGUAUUAUCCUCACAGAUUUACUCAUUUACACUACUGACAGCACAGCUACUGUGAGUAAAUGUAUCGUGUGUGCACUAUGACGCUGUUUAAAAGAAUUUUAAAUAAUGACAUGAAACAGCAGGGAUAAUAGUAUGUUUGUUCAUCUUUUGUAAAUAUAAGAAUUCAAUAAACUAAUGUGAUUCAGAAA